CAACCACUUAACCUUUUUACGCUCAUCUCACACUCCAUCGCCCUCGCUCAUUCCAUCACUUCCGUCUACUGCUUCGACCCUCCUCUCCCCCUCCUUCGUCUUUCUAACUCCCAACAAAACAACACGAACUGGCAGUAAAGGAGGAGGCAUAGAACGAAGAUGCUGCGACUCGCAAAGGCACUUCCGUUCUUCAAUACGUCUGAGGAUGCCCUAGCGCGAUCCUUCAUCACACCCACCAAUGGCUUCUAUAUCUCGGUUCCAACCAGGUGCAGUCUCGACAACUACCAUGGCCCCGGAACUGUCUUCCAGGGACAGCUGAACCUGCAGCUCACAAAGCCCAUCAGGGCACCCUGUCGACUCCGUGUCAUCUUUUCUUGUCUUCACACCAUACCCAUGUGCGACUUUGAUUCUUCUUCACAGCCAUCCUCAUCGACUUCAUUAACUGAAGUCCGCGUCAGUUCAGAUUCCUCAUCAAAGGGACAAGGAAACAACACUCCGCGGACUGGGCCUCACCAGCACAGCCUCUUUGAGAUCGAACACACGCUUGUUGAGGACGAGCCAUUGCAUCCCAAGAGGCACACCUUCAUGUUCAACAUAAAGUUCCCGAGGGUCAACCUGCCCGCAUCCAUGACGGUAAGCCUCCUUUCUACCGAUAAGCAAGGAUGCUGUGUGUUGCAGACACUCUCCUCCAUCCACCCCUAUCAACAUUGUCAUUUCAUCUCUACAAAAAAAAUACUACUUGAGGACGGAGAUCGCUUUGUUGUUUAUUCUCUACACGCGGAACUCUCCUUUCAGACCACCCCCGAUGAUCCUUCGACCCAGGCCAUGCUCUCCUCGCCUGCAGUGCACCUCAAAUACCUCCCGCUGAUUCCGACGUCCAUCCCUCACUUUCCAGUCAUUGAGAUGGCCCAGGUCAUGGACCCGUACUCCAAUCGGCCGCUCGUCAAGGCUUCCCUCGAAAGUCCUCAGCGCGGAGUCUGUCCAGGCGAGUCUCUACCGCUGUCGCUCACUAUCACCAACUCGUCCGAGACUGACCUGGUCUCCAUCCAUCUCGGCUUGGUCCGUGUUAUCUCCUACCCAGCCUCAUCUUCCUCGCCUUCUACAACAUCCUCUGUUUUGACCGCGGAGCCAACGACUGUGCACACAGUGACCUUGCCCGUAUCCCAGACAGUCAAUAAGGACUCCACAUGGAUAGAAUCUGUUCAGUUCAAAGUCCCCUCCAACCUAGGACUCAUUCCAACGACUAACAAGGUCAUCACACCCCUGUACAAGGUUGACUACUACCUCUCAGUCUCCUUACCAAUCGCAAGCCGUGGUUCGGGCUUGGCAAGCUGGUUCACACCCAGCGUGAGGAACCCUCCUCCAGUCGACAUCUCCUUAAUUCGCAACGCAACAGGAUCCACGGGAGCAGAAUCUGGAACAGAAACAGGAAACGCAACAGAAAACGACAAUACGAACUCGCGCGCAGGACCACGCAAGACCUCUGUCGAUAAGAUCAUCAAGGCGAAUCUACACAUAGACAGGAUCCCGACCCUCACCUCGACCCUGAAAUGGCCGACUCUGGUCCAACUCCCAAUUGUCCCCGUUAUCGUCGGCACCGUACCCUACAGUGUCACUGAGCGCCAGCUACGCUGGCCGAUCCCCAACUACUUGGAUGUGAUGGACCGACCGCGCUUUGUCCGGGACAAAUUCGAGGAGGAGAUGAUGCAGCACCUCAAGAGCCUCGAGACCUUGAUUGUUGAGGAGGAAGAUGAGAAUGAUAUUGAGAACAUCAUCCAGGAGGCUGUAAGGAAAUCGGCAUCUUCAGGGGAGAGUGAUGAGGACGAUUCACAUUCAAGCAGGGUCCCUGCGAGGUUCAGGGACGGUGGGGGCGGCGGAGGUCAAUCACGGAGGAAAGGGUCGUUGUCGACUUCGGGAUUGGGGACGCCGCCACCGUCGCCACCUUCGACGUCACCGAUGGCAAUCCAUACGCUGCCGAGGGUAGGUCGGCGAUCGAUGAGUCCAAAGUCGAGGGGGCUGAGCAAGGAACUUUUGCUGGAGAUGCAUCAUUCAAAGGUCCAGCAGAGUCUUCAAGCUGGGCUGCAGAGUAUCUAGAAGAAAACGAAAAGACAUAUGUGUCCCGCAGCUCAGGUAUCAUUGUACAUAAUAUCUCUCUUGAGCAUCUCACCCCGUAAUGCGCUUCCUGUUACUGUUUCUGUAAAUAAAAUAAAAUAAAAUAAAUACAGAUGCAUCAUGUUUUGGCAAAAAAAUAGACCCUGAGAAUUGCUGCGCCCAAUUGAC